AUGGAAUACAAGCUUGGCUACACACCUCGUAUAGAGAGCUCAUUGAAGUCCCUGUCACCGCGCUCACUUUGCCAAACUGUUUUGGAUUGGAUCGACGAUAACAAGGUGGAGAGGCCUUAUGGUGAUUCGAGCAGUGUUAGAAUCAAGUAUUCAAAGUUCUCUACAAAGCCACCGACAAAGCCAUCUCUUCUCCGUGAAAUUUAUCGAGAUUGGCCAGCUGGUUUGAGCUAUAGACAAUUAACUAUUGCUCACUUUAAACUUUACCAAGAAAAGCCUCUAUCGUUUGAAUGGCGUGUUUAUAGGCUAAAGGAAUCAAAUUUCGUGUCUUUGGAUAAGUUUAUUGAAAUAUUUCAACGCAACUUGGAUGUUACCCAUAAUUACACUCUCUAUAUGCAAUUUCUACCCUCAACUUCCCAUUCUGUUGAACAAACGCCGAUUUUCACUUUGAUAAUCCACGCAGAACCAGGGGAGGAACUUCCACCACCGUCUCAGAGACUGAUGUUUGUUCCUUUAUUAUCAGCAGGUAAACUCAUAACCACUGCUAUCCCUUCAACACACGUCCAUCACAUCGUUAGAGCGUUUUUGUCCGCUUUCGGUAACGCUGAAGAGCUUAUUAACCUUCAAUUAUACGACACCAAUCUUUUAUCUCUUAAAACCUUAACACUUGAACCUAAAACUCAAGGAAUUUGGAGAAAAUUAGCAUCGUCUAUCGAUAAACUACCAAAUCCGUUGGAAGAAGCGCCUCAUUCCGUGGAUUCAGACGCAUUAAUUUCACCUCAUGACAUUCAACCGUCCAGUAUUGGGGAUGGAUAUGACGAAAUCAUCCAACAAACAUCCUCAGACCAUCAAAACAGACGGCGAUACGAAGCGAUGGAUGUAUGGGGACAUGAAAGUGACUUACCCCAAAUUCAUCGACUUACAUUCAAUGUGCGCAUGCCAUGGCGUAUUCAAGAUGAAACGGAUAAUUUAGAUUGCAAAAUCCGCAUGUUCGGCGAUGACAUCUACCGCGGUCUCCGUCAAGCUGAAUUAGAAGGCAAAACAACAGAGGAGGGUAUACCAGGCUGGAUACCGCAAUCUCUCGAAACUGGGCACACGGACAACAUUGUUGUCAAAACAUCUCGCGUAACUGACAAUUGGCAGUUCGUUCCAGGAUUGGGAAUAGAAGAAAACGGUGACAUAUUUGGAGCAGAUCUUGACCGCGUGGAUGAGAUAGAACCAGAAAUGAGACAACCGACACCAUCACCAACAUCUCCAUCCGCCCGCGAUUCUCCCGGUACGAGGAAGAGGAAACGUGAAGCACCGCAAAAGGUCUAUGAGGAUGAGAAGAUUGAUCAGGAAACAAACCAGAAUAGAGAAAUAUACGAUAAGUAUUAUGCACCCGUUCGCCUACCACCACCACCACCACCACGUGUAGAGCUUCCGUCUGAGUCAUUCAGUAUUAAAGACUUGAAAUUAAAGCCAGGGUUGCGCAGGGCCAAGGAAGAAAAGAAGGGCAAGAAAAACGUUGCAUCUGAAUCCACAAGCACGCAGCGGCCACCGUCCGCGCAAUUCUUGGCUCCUGAAGAAAGGCUUCUGAUGCAGCUCGACGACGAAAGCUCUCAAAAGGCUCAGCUAAUAGGUAACGAUGAAGAGAGGGCAGAAUACAUCGAAAAGAUGCAGCGCGAAAAGGAAGAAGAGCGUCAAAAGUAUCAAAAGAACCGCGCAGCACCGCUUAGUGAUGCCACUAAAGAGCGCCUCAGUAAGCUAGACGAUAGGAGCAGACGGAAGGGUAGCGCUAUAGUUGAUGCGUUCGAGCGCACGAGCUAUAUUGAAAGGAAAGAGCGUGAAAAGGCUCGCGCUGAUGAAGAACGUCGAAAAAAGAUCAGGCGCGAGUCAGAUGAACGUAGAAGAAAUAGGAGGGCUGAGGCUGAGCAACGUGUUUCUUUACAGGAUCCGGCGACUGCUGAGGCACGCGUGGCUGAAGCUAUUGAGAAGUCACAGAGACGACUGGAAGCUAGACGCGCUAGAAAGUCGGGCGAGGGUGUUGUAGAACCUUCUGCGUCAGCGCCAGCACCUGCUGGUACAACUAAUGAACCAUCGGCAUCUGCAUCUGCAUUAUCGUCCGCAUCUCCGCCAGCAACAUUACCAGAACAAGCGCGUUCACCGUCUGGUCAACGCCAAAAGCCUCGUCCACAUCGAUCACCUAAUUAA